AAUAAGGACAACUCAAAUUGGCUCAUCACUCGAUAUGCAGACACUACUUUUGCCGGCUACGCGCUCCGGUGGCGCACCUCCACCUUUGCCGAUGAUCUCGCCGGUCGUGGCGAAACGCAUUCCGCUUAAUAUUUUACGCCCCCUAAUUUCCCCGAUUCCUAUCACGUUACCCCACAGUCUCACAUCCUCACAGGCUCAACGAUUUCUCUCUCCACCUUACUCAAGUCUCAUUUACACAAGGAGUAGAACCCUCGCCGCCGCGGGUCCUGUAUCCGCGACGUUCGUUUCUCCGAGCGAAGAAUCGGAAAAAGCGAAGCUCGCUCAGGUCUCAAAGAGAUUGGAGAGUACUUCAAGGUAUUUCAAGAGAUUGGGUAGUAUAGGGUUUUGGGGGCAGCUGGUUUGCACAGUCGUUGCUGCUGGGAUCCUUUCUUUUUCUGUAGUUAUCACUGGGAAGAUCACAUCACCCUUUACAUUCUACUCAACUGCUGCUGGAAUUGCUGCAGCUUUUCUUUCUGUUUUCUGGUCUUUUGGUUAUCUUCGCUUGUCUGCGAAGCUAAAGAAAACAGCCAGUGAGCCUUCAAAGGCUCCUCCUCGUGCUGAUGUGGUGAAAAGCUUGAAAAAUGGGAUUGCGUUGAACCUUGUGGGAAUGGGUGCUGCUGUAGUUGGGUUGCAAGCCACGGUAGGUUGGUUGUCAGCUAAGGCUCUUACCACCUCAAGUGUUCCAUACUAUCAGGGUAUUUCCCCUGGUAGUAGCCCUGUGCUUGCAUUGGAUGUGAUUUUGGUACAGGCAUCAGCAAACACUAUUUUAUCACACUUUCUUGGGCUGUUAUUCUCACUGGAACUAUUGCGCUCAGUAACAUUACCGCCACCUUCUGAAAGCAUUCCUGUUCCUGUUCCUAAGGUUGCAUGAGCUCUACUUAAAAAAGUGUAAUCUGGUGAUGGUUAACACUGGAAUAACAUUGUCGUUUAAUUGUAUAAGUGAGGUUUAGCUUUGUAUGUUGCAUCCAUUUUAUUAUCAAGGACAGGACUGUACUGCACUUUGUUGGAAUCUCCAUCCAUCAGAGGACCCUUCUCCUGGGUGUUCUUCUCAA